AUGCAUGGAGAUUGGCCCGAUCAGAUGAAGAUCAAGUUAGAAGUUCUUUGGAAUGACCAGGUGCCCAGUGUCUUAUUGAUUUCUCUAGUAGUUCAUCCACAUGCAAUCACUACGCCAGGAAAUUUCGACUUCCAAGUUGCGCAAGUGGCAGCGCUCGAAGCGACGCGGUGGACCGUAGCGGUUAGGAUCGAGGAGGGACCAUCGCGAACUGCAACGAGGAACGGUGCUAGCGAGGAUCCUCUCUCGUGGCGCUUCACGGCGUUUUGA